AUGUCUUCAUCCAUUACACCUUUUUACCGACCCGGAUCUUUUCCUGCACUUUCAGCUCGUCUUCUUGCCAGUGCCUCACAGUCAUUACGUCAAGCAAUUAAUUCACAAAUCCUUUUAAAAUCUUUUUAUUCGACUCCUUUACGAGUUGGAGGUUUACCGGUAACUACCACGAAAGGUUUUACAUAUUUAAUAGCUGCUUCAUGGCAUCCUAAAAGAAAACGUCAAAAGGUACCAGUUGUCAAUUCAAUAUCCGAAAAUCUAUGGUGGAAAGAACGAAUGAGACCUGGUAAAGUUGAUGCUGGAGAAGAUGCUUUUUUUUAUGUUGGAACCAAUAAUGGUGUUGCUUUAGGUGUUGCUGAUGGUAUGGGAGUUGAUCCUGCUAAUUUUUCAUGGGCAUUAAUGGAAAGCUCUGCUUCGGUAGCUAAAGAAUUUAGUUCAUCAGAGAUUGCAUUAUUUAGUGCACCUAAUGGAUUUGCAGAUAUAUUGGACUCAAAAAAAAUACUAACAGGCGCGUUUGAAAAUUUAAUAAAAAGUGGGAAAGUGAAUGCUGGUAGUUCAACGGCUUGUAUUCUUUCGCUCUCAAAAUCCUCUGGAAUACUUAAUGCAUCAUCAUUAGGCGAUUCAGCAUAUCUAUUGAUUCGUAAUGGUGAAUUGAUUUAUGAGUCACCUGCUCAACAACACUUUUUUAAUUGUCCGUAUCAAUUAACAAUCGUUCCUGAACAUUUUCCAAAUCAAAAAUUAUAUUUCAAAGAUAAACCAAGUGAUGCAUAUCAAGCCAGUCAUCAGCUUCAAGAUGGUGAUGUAAUAUUACUAGCGACCGAUGGUUUUUUUGAUAAUGUAUUUUCAUACGAAGCUGUAGCUAUUGUUAAUAAAGAAUUAAGAAACGUUAUAAAUCGAGAUAGAACUUUUUAUGAUAGUGGUAAUCUUGAUGAAUUACGAACUCAUGUAAAAAAAUUAUCAAGACAAUUAACAGAUACUGCUAGAAGAUUUUCAUUAGAUUCUAGGCGUGUAAGUCCUUUUUCACAAAGUGCAAAAAAAAGUGGAGAAAAUAGGAUUGGAGGAGAAUUAAGAGAAUUUUUAUAA